GGUGGAAGGAAAAACGCGAGAAAAGGCUCGUUGACAGGCGCGGAGGUGGCCGAGGGGCUGGGCCUGGGCGCGGGCUCCCGCCGCGGGUCUGCUGAGGCGGCGCGCGGGGCCUCAUGGCGGCGAGGGGCAGCCGCGGGGACCCGUUGGCCCUGGGGCCCGAGCCCGAGCCGGAGCAGAAGCCAAACCCGAUCCCAGCCGACGGGCGCUGGGGCGACCAGGAUGCCGUGGCGCAGAUACAAUUCAAAAUUCUAAGAGGACACAGCGAUACUGUGAGCUCCUGCCAUUUUUGCUCUGAAGACACAAAAGUACUUUCAUGCUCUUACGACAGAACAGUGAGGCUGUGGGAUGUUGCCAAAGGUUUUCCUAUUCGAGUUUUUGAAGAAGAACACACAGCCCCAAUUUCUGAGUGCAACUUGAGUCCUGAUGACAGAAGAGUGGUAACAUCAUCCUAUGAUAACACUGUCAAGGCUUGGGAUAUGGAAACAGGAAAAAUGCUUUGGACAAGAGAACACGAAGGCAUUGUAACUUCAUGCAAUAUUUCUUGUGAUGGUAAAUAUGUGGUAUCAGGCUCAGACAAAGGUAAUGCCAUAUUUGUUUUUGAUGCAGUAAGUGCAACGGUGGUAGCACAUGUCCAAGGUCAUCACAGAAGUACGAUCACAAGAUGCUGUUUUGAUCCUGAUAACCAAAGAGUGACUUCAGUAUCAUAUGAUAAGACCAUAAAGCUAUGGGAUAUGACAACUCGAUCCACUUCAAUUACCAUUAAUGAGGGACACAGCAAUGCUAUCUCAGAUUGCUGUUUUACCUCUGAUGGUCGUUACUUGUGCACAGCAUCCUGGGACAAGAGCUUAAAAAUAUGGGAUAUAAAGACAGGAGAAUUUCGAUGUCAUGACCCUGUUUCCUUGAACCAAGGACAUGAGGGUUCUGUUAGUUGCUGUGCUUUUAGCCAAGAUGCAACACUUGUUGUGUCUGGCGGAUAUGACAGAACUAUAGCUAUAUGGGAAACAGACGCAGGCUAUAAAAAGCUAAGCUUAAAGGGUCAUUGCGACUGGGUGACAGAUGUUGCAAUUAGUGAGAACAAGAAAUGGAUUCUUUCAGCCUCAAAGGAUUCUACUUUGAGAUUGUGGAAUAUUGAAAAGAUUGAUCAUAUACCUUCAGUGAUAGAAAGCAGAAAAGAAAAAGGCUCAAAAAUCGUUCAGUGUGAAGAAUGCGAAAAAUCUUUCUUAAGCCUGCAGUGUAGUGACUUUGAAAUGAUAUCCAAGUGUGUAUUCUGUCGUCUGUCUUCUCCAGUGACACGUGUUUUGCCAUUGCCACCUUCUAUCUCUCCUGAUUUUUAAAUUCAUCUAACAGUCUUUGGGUGUUGACACUCCAUUUAUACUUAGGUAUGUUAGUACAUCUUUAUGUACUGCACAUACAAAGGUAAGGGCUUCCUCUAACCUUGAGCUACUGCGGUAUUCCGUAUGGAGAAUAAUAAACUAAUCCAUUGCAUAGCGGUGACGUGUCAUGUAAAGAAUGCAACUGCCCGGGAGUUGAAAUCUAUUUAUGUUGCAUGGUAGUAGAAAACAAAAUUACUUUCUUGUCCUUUGGUAAAUUUUAAACAAUUGUAAAUUAAUACUAUAACUCCAGUCUCAGCUUAGUAAAGAAUACAUGUGAACGUAUAAAUCA